AUACCUUGCGGUUAUUCGAACUAGACAACAUAAUUAUUCUUUACAAAACAAACCUUUUAUAACCAAAUUUGUUAACAUAUUAAGCGCUUUCGUAAUUGUAUCAUAUCUAUUAGAUUGUAUGCUUGUUAUCAUUAGAGCAUUAGAAUCUAAAGUUUGGACUAAAAGACAAAAAUUUGGUAAAUUGUCUUGGGUCAAUCUUACUUUUUAUUUGUUUUCCAAUAUUACAGAAACUUUGAUUUUUGUGUAUUGGUACCUUCAAUUCAAACAUUCGAAACCAGAAAACGGUUAUUCUAUAUACGAUAAAGCAUUUUUUAUUUUAUUUAUUGCUCGUUAUCUUGCAAUUUUCAUUACUAGCAUUUUAUCAUUAAUAGAGGUUUUUAGUAAACCUGUUGACUUGGAUGUUGAGAAUGGUAGUAAUAGGUCAUUGCUCGAGAAUUCAAAUUCUUAUGGUACAUUUCCAUCAAACGAGAAUGAACCUCAAGCAACAAAUCAAAGUAGUUCAGGACAAGGGGCAUUUUCAGAUUUCUUCAGUAAAAUGAAAAAAUUAUUACCAUUUUUAUGGCCAUCAAAACAACCAUUUCUUCAAUUUUUAAUUUACAUCUGUUUUACAUUGUUGGUUGUUGGACGUUUAAUAAAUGUCUUGGUUCCGGAACAACUUGAGUUAAUUACUGAUAUACUUUCUGGUGACAAUGGACAAAAACCAAGAUUUCCAUGGGAGGCCAUUAUUAUAUUUGUUUUUCUUAGAUUUUUACAAGGUGGUGUUGGCUUAGUUCAAUCUACACAGAAUUAUUUGUGGAUUCCAAUUGGCCAAUACACAACUCGUGAAAUAUCUGUUAAAAUGUUUGAACAUUUACAUGGGCUUUCAUUAUCUUAUCAUAUAAAUCGUAAAACAGGAGAGGUUUUGAGAGUUAUGGAUCGUGGAACAAAUAGUAUAAUCACUUUACUCAACCAAAUCUUAUUUCAAAUCUUUCCUGUGAUUGUCGAUAUCAUUGUUGCUGUUGUAUAUUUUGUUAUUAGAUUUGGAUGGGUAUUUGGUGCUAUAGUAUUCAUCACCAUGACUGCUUAUAUUUUUUUGACUAUUUGGAUUACUGAAUGGAGAACGAAAUUCAGGCGUGAAAUGAUCGAAUUGGACAAUGACACUAGAGCCAAAGCAGUUGAUUCUCUUUUAAAUUUUGAAACUGUUAAAUAUUAUAAUGCAGAACAAUUUGAAAUUAGACGUUAUGAUGAAUCCAUAAAAAAAUUUCAAGUAGCUGAUUAUAAAGUAGCCAGUUCUUUAAAUAUUUUAAAUCUUGGUCAAAAUUUUGUUAUUACACUUGGUUUAUUAGCUGGCUGUUUGAUUUGUGCUAAAAAUGUAGCAAGUGGUGACUAUACAGUUGGAAAAUUUAUACUUUUCGUAACAUAUAUUAAUCAACUGUACACCCCAUUUUAA